UGGAGCAAGGUGAACGUGGAUGAAGUUGGUGGUGAGGCCCUGGGCAGGCUGCUGGUUGUCUACCCCUGGACUCAGAGGUUCUUUGACUCCUUUGGGGACCUGUCCUCUCCUAAUGCUAUUAUGAGCAACCCCAAGGUCAAGGCCCAUGGCAAGAAGGUGCUGAAUUCCUUUAGUGAUGGCCUGAAGAAUCUGGACAACCUCAAGGGCACCUUUGCUAAGCUCAGUGAGCUGCACUGUGACCAGCUGCAUGUGGAUCCUGAGAACUUCAAG